AUGGGACGUCUAGCAAGCCUGAAAUACCUCAACCUGUCUUCGAAUUCCUUGGGCGGGAAAAUUCCAACUAAUAUAUCUCGCUGCACGCAGCUGAGAAUGUUUGAUGUUGGUGCAAAUAAGCUUAUUGGGUCAAUUCCGGACCAACUCAGUUCGUUGUUGAAUUUAACUCAUUUUUGGGUUGAUGACAACAAUCUCAUUGGAGCAAUUCCGGAUUGGAUAGGAAACUUUUCUUCCCGGUACGCAAUCUCUCUUGCUUACAACAAUUUUAAGGAAGCAUACCAAAUGCUCUCGGGCGUUACUCAGAACCAGCUGCAUGGAGAGCUCCCACAGAAUGUGGGGACUACUCUUCCUAAUCUUGAGAUAUUUGCUGGCGGUAUCAACAAAUUCACCGGAAGUAUUCCUGUUUCGUUGUCAAAUGCUUCUAAACUUCUAUUUCUUGAUUUUGCCGAAAAUGGCCUCACGGGAAAACUCCCUGCUGAAAAUUUUGGAAGUUUGAGAAGCUUGUUGAGACUAAACUUUGACGACAAUAGGCUUGGAAGUGGGAAAACAGGUGACCUGAAUUCUCUCAGUUUCCUGGCGAAUUGUACUAAUCUUGAGGUGUUGAGUUUUAGUCGUAAUCGUUUUGGAGGAGAAUUGCCAGAAUCCAUAGCCAACCUUUCGACGAAACUGAGAAUUUUUACAAUGGGUGGGAAUUUAAUACAUGGAAGCAUCCCUUUCGGCAUUGUGAAUCUUGUAAACUUGACCAGUCUAGGAAUGGAACAAAACUCUCUUGGUGGUACUGUCCCUGAUGCAAUCGGAAAGCUUCAGAAGUUGCAGGGGAUGUAUUUAUAUCUUAACCAAUUUUCCGGGACAAUCCCAUCGACGCUAGGCAACUUGACUUCGGUCACAAGGCUCUUCAUGGAGGGGAAUAGGUUUGAGGGAAGCAUACCUCCAAGUCUUGGGAGCUGCCAAAACUUGUUGAUGCUUAACCUUUCUAGUAAUCAGCUAAGUGGCACCAUACCUAAAGAGGUUAUCGAGCUUUCAUCCCUUUCAAUUUCUUUGUCCAUAUCGAACAGUUCUUUGACUCGUUCUCUACCAUCUGAAGUGGGCGAGUUGGUACAUCUCUCGGAGCUAGAUGUAUCAGGAAACAAGUUAUCAGGUGAAAUCCCCAAAACCCUUGGCAGCUGUGCUAGUUUGGUGCGUCCAUAUUUGGAAGGUAACGAAUUUGAAAGAACAAUUCCUCAAUCUCUGGCCAAGUUAAGAGGCUUGGAAGAACUUGAUAUUUCAUGCAAUAAUUUAUCUGGCCAGAUUCCUGACUUUUUGGAGGAGUACUUUCUAGUGAUGGCGGUAGUAGCUGUUAAGGUGUUAAACCUUCAACAAGAAGGAGCUUCCAGGAGUUUCAUUGAUGAAUGCAAAACUUUAAGAAGUAUAAGGCACUGCAAUCUUCUCAAGAUCAUUACUGCAUGCUGUAUUUUUCAGUUAAAAACUAAGUUGCAAAACAUUACGAAGGGAACAUAUUCAGUUUCAACAUAUUUGCAACGAAUUAAAGAUGUGAGGGAUCAUCUUUCUGCAGCUGGUGUAACAUUUGGAGAUGAUGAUAUUGUGAAAUUGGCACUGAAAGCUGAGGAAGCAACUACUAAGCAACAUUCAGUUUCUGAGUCUUUUGUUACUGCAAUGGUUGCACAAGAAACAUCAGGCAAAGGCAAAGCUCUUAUGUUAGGAGAAGAGCCUUCCAGUGGUUCCUCACAGUCACAGGCUUAUAGUGGUGGUUCAACUAAUGGUGGCUACAAUAAUCAUUCCUCUAACUACAAUGGAGACUAUAUUUCGAAUGGUUUUCAAGGAAGAGGGGAAACUUCACUUAUCAAGGCAGAUCACCAUCUUCCAAUCUCUCUGCAAUGCACAUUGCAUUUUCUCUUUCUGCACCACAAGAAACAAUUCUGGGUUGUUGAUACUAGGGCUACUUCUCAUAUAACCUCGGAUCUCUCCAAUCUUAAUCUAGCAACACCAUUUUCAUUUUCUCGCAAUGAUACAGUAACAACUACAAGUGGCUCAGAUACUACACAGUCCCCAAUCCCUGUUGAUCUUAAUUUUCAACUUGAAAAUCUGUCAGUUGUCCUUCUCAUACCCUCGGUGAGUUUGCACCCUAUGCAAACUCGAUCUAAAAGUAGCAUAUCCAAGAAGAAGGUGUUCUCAGCUACAGUUAAGUCAUCUACACAAGUUUGA